AUGCCGAUGGACGAAAUCGAUGUAGCGCUACAUAUCGAGCCCGCUGGCGGAUGCGGUAAAAGAAAUGCGGUAGCGCGUGGAGCCGGCGCUGGCAGCAAUCAACGGCAAGGUGGACGCCAUCAUCCAAUUAAUGCACGAGCAGUGGCCGCUGCUGCGGUACCAACUAGAGUUCCUAGCCCUCAGCCCAACGUCAAUGUUGCUUCACCGCCUACAAAUUCCUCCGUCGCUCCACUGCCCAAGAACUUCUUCGCCGUCCAAUCCAUCGUCGUCUAUCCAGCAUGGUUAAUUGAGCUACCGAAUCUGGUAGCUUACCAAGGAACAUUGGUCUCGGGAGUAAGAGCCGAAGAUCACCGCAUGCUCUUCUCCGUGAUGCGCUUUCCAUCGCCAGAAGUACCGUUCACGUCUACUGAUGUCCCUGCCUGCUCGACCAGAACACGGAACAAGUUCCCUUCUAAUGUAAUUGAGUCGCAGGUGUGCUGGAACUUGGUCAGUCGCAUGCUAGAGAGAGGAAUCCCCGUUGGCCAAUAA